AUGAAUUAUAAAUAUUUUAUACUAAUCUUAGGAUGUGUCCUAAUAACAAUUAAUGGAAGCAAAUGUAAAAAAGUAAUUAAUUCUGAUGCUGUUUAUAUAUUUGAUGAUUUAUAAACAAAGGAAUAUAAAUAAAUUCUAAACGGUAUUCUUUAUUGAUAAUUUAGAAACAAGUACAUUAUAUUUCCGAUUUUGUUAAUCAAUUCUAAAAUGUCCACAAAUAACAUAUAAUACAUUUGCUGUAAUUAUAAAUAAUGAAGGAACACCAGAAUAAUAAUGCAUAUCAUUGAUUAAUACAAAUUAAUACUUUGCAGAUUCAUUUGAACUUAUUAAUUAAGAUCAAUCUAAUGAAGGUGUGCAGGCAGAAUUUAACAAGUAUUGAUAUAAUUUCAUUAAAAAAUAGUACAUUAAAUGGAUUUUCAGUAAAAUAUAUACUUAAUUGUUAAGAUGAAUAAGAAGGUAUUAAGAUAUUGGAUAUAUCCUAUGAAAAGGAUAAACAAUUAUACACUAUUGAUAUGGAAGCUGAAGAUGGAUGUCCAUUAGUUUUAUUUUCUUAAAUUGUUUAAUUUCUAAAUGACAAUAAGAAAUUUCUUUCUGCUAUUCUAAUAAUAAUUGGCUUAACAGAAUGCUUAAUGGGUAAAUAAAUCUUAAAGCCAACUCUAUUUAUUUUUGGUUACUUAAUUGGCUUUUUCUUUUCACUUUAUAUAUCUAGUGAAUUAGAUAUGGGAGACAAUCCAUUUUAUUUAUGGAUAGCAUUAAUAAUUUCUGUAUUAAUUGGAGCAUUUGUAGGAGGUUUAUCUAUGCAUCUAGAUAAGGUUGGAAUUGUUGCAAUAGGUAUUGGACUAGGAGUAGUUUUGUCAUUACUUUUAUGGAAUGCAUUAUUGGUUCAGUUUAUUACAUCAUAAUAUUUAUUAUAUUCAAUUAUAGUAGUUUUAAGUUUUGGAUGUAGCGUUCUAUCGUUUAGAUUAUUCGAUCAUCUAAUCAUUUUUAGUACUAGUUUUUUAGGAGUAUAAAUAUAUAUAAAAACCAUAUAUAGUCAUACUUAGUUUUUAAGGCAAUAGGUUUGAUAGCUGGAGGGUUUCCUUCAGAAAUAAGAAGUAUUUCAGGAAAUUCAGAUUACAGAUAUUAUAUUUAUUUUACUUGUAUUAUAAUUUUAGCUUGUUUUGGUAUCUUCUACUAAUAUAAAUAAUGGGGAUAGAACAUAAUAACUUAUGAUUAAAUUGUAUAAUCAAUGAUGAAUGGCAAUUAACCAAAUGAAGUCAAAGAUUCACUUUUAAAUGAUCCUUAAAAUACCCAAGACUUGAUUGAAUUAAAAGAGAUAUAGUAAAAAUCAGAAAUAAAAGGAUUUUAGUGAAAAUCAAAAUGAACUUUAUGAUUAUUUUAUAAACUUAGAUAAAUAUAAUAAUUAUAGAAAUAGNUUAUAAACAAAGGAAUAUAAAUAAAUUCUAAACGGUAUUCUUUAUUGAUAAUUUAGAAACAAGUACAUUAUAUUUCCGAUUUUGUUAAUCAAUUCUAAAAUGUCCACAAAUAACAUAUAAUACAUUUGCUGUAAUUAUAAAUAAUGAAGGAACACCAGAAUAAUAAUGCAUAUCAUUGAUUAAUACAAAUUAAUACUUUGCAGAUUCAUUUGAACUUAUUAAUUAAGAUCAAUCUAAUGAAGGUGUGCAGGCAGAAUUUAACAAGUAUUGAUAUAAUUUCAUUAAAAAAUAGUACAUUAAAUGGAUUUUCAGUAAAAUAUAUACUUAAUUGUUAAGAUGAAUAAGAAGGUAUUAAGAUAUUGGAUAUAUCCUAUGAAAAGGAUAAACAAUUAUACACUAUUGAUAUGGAAGCUGAAGAUGGAUGUCCAUUAGUUUUAUUUUCUUAAAUUGUUUAAUUUCUAAAUGACAAUAAGAAAUUUCUUUCUGCUAUUCUAAUAAUAAUUGGCUUAACAGAAUGCUUAAUGGGUAAAUAAAUCUUAAAGCCAACUCUAUUUAUUUUUGGUUACUUAAUUGGCUUUUUCUUUUCACUUUAUAUAUCUAGUGAAUUAGAUAUGGGAGACAAUCCAUUUUAUUUAUGGAUAGCAUUAAUAAUUUCUGUAUUAAUUGGAGCAUUUGUAGGAGGUUUAUCUAUGCAUCUAGAUAAGGUUGGAAUUGUUGCAAUAGGUAUUGGACUAGGAGUAGUUUUGUCAUUACUUUUAUGGAAUGCAUUAUUGGUUCAGUUUAUUACAUCAUAAUAUUUAUUAUAUUCAAUUAUAGUAGUUUUAAGUUUUGGAUGUAGCGUUCUAUCGUUUAGAUUAUUCGAUCAUCUAAUCAUUUUUAGUACUAGUUUUUUAGGAGUAUAAAUAUAUAUAAAAACCAUAUAUAGUCAUACUUAGUUUUUAAGGCAAUAGGUUUGAUAGCUGGAGGGUUUCCUUCAGAAAUAAGAAGUAUUUCAGGAAAUUCAGAUUACAGAUAUUAUAUUUAUUUUACUUGUAUUAUAAUUUUAGCUUGUUUUGGUAUCUUCUACUAAUAUAAAUAAUGGGGAUAGAACAUAAUAACUUAUGAUUAAAUUGUAUAAUCAAUGAUGAAUGGCAAUUAACCAAAUGAAGUCAAAGAUUCACUUUUAAAUGAUCCUUAAAAUACCCAAGACUUGAUUGAAUUAAAAGAGAUAUAGUAAAAAUCAGAAAUAAAAGGAUUUUAGUGA